GAGAGAGCUGUCGGGGACGCGCCGGCCUGUGAGCUGGUGUUGUGGUGUACUUGGUGUUGUGGUGUUCUUGGUGCAUGUGGGAGCAGGAGCAGAGACUCCGCAGUGUCUUGGCAGCUGCAUUCGAGCAUCUCCCACCGUCCGCGAUGCCUCCCAUGCCUGAAUCCUCCUCUUCAUCCUCCUCCUCCUCCUCUUCUUCCUCCUCCUCCUCCGCGUCCACUUGACAAAAGACAAGCGACAUGAACUCGAGAGGAAACUGAGCCCGAACCUUCAACAGCACCACCCUCCCUCCGCAGCUCCCCCCGGUGACAGCCUCAUCCACGCAUCGGAAGAAAGACAACAAAAAAAACAAAAAAAAAAACACCCGCAACGAGAUUUUUCUUUAAUGGAAAAUGGCGAUAGGCACAAGGUGUUGCAGCAUCGCCUGCUUGGUAUCUGUCCACAUCCUCCUGGCGGGAUUCAGCGCAUCGUGGCCUGGAGCGGAGGCUCUCACGUUCCCACAGCAGUACACGAUAAUGCACUGGGCCAGGCGCGUGGAGCAGGAGAUUGACAGAGUCUUUCAACAAAUCACCGGAGCUCAGCAGUUGAAAGGGAUAUACAAUGAAGAAAGACGACGAUUCAGUCUGGUGAAGAAUCAGCCGCGGAAGAUUGUGGAGAAGGUGGCCUCGGACAUUGAGAAGCUCCUGGCUAAGAAGCGCAAAGCACUUGAUAGGUUGGCCAGGGAAGCAGAGCGACUCCAGCGAGAGCAUCCCUGGCAGGAUGGAAUCAAGGAGCUGGAUAUGGCUUACUACGAUUCCAAGGCUGAGCUGGAUUAUUAUUCGAUGGAUGGAGAAGGAGAGGUGGAAAACCCCUCCCACAUCAAGCUGGAGUUUGUCUAUGAUCCCAACUUCAAAAACAAUGUCAACUAUUCCUACACGGCUGUUCAGAUCCCCACAGAUAUUUAUAAAGGAGCUCCAGUCAUUCUGAAUGAGUUGAACUGGACGCAGGCGCUGGAGAAAGUCUUCAUGGAGAACAGUCGGGAGGAUCCGUCGUUGCUGUGGCAGGCGUUUGGGAGCGCGACGGGAGUCACACGCUACUAUCCAGCAACACCUUGGAAAGCCCCUGAUAAGAUCGACCUGUACGAUGUCAGGAGGAGGCCCUGGUACAUCCAGGGAGCCUCAUCCCCAAAAGAUAUGGUCAUUCUUGUUGAUGUGAGCGGCAGUGUCAGUGGACUCACGCUCAAACUGAUCAAAGCGUCAGUGAUGGAAAUGCUGGACACUUUGUCUGAUGAUGACUAUGUCAACGUAGCCAGGUUCAACGAGAAGGCCGAGGCUGUGGUUCCUUGUUUCAAACAUCUAGUCCAGGCUAACGUGCGCAACAAAAAGAUCUUCAAGGACGCGGUGCAGCAGAUGCAGGCGAAAGGCACCACUGACUACAAGUCUGGAUUUCAUUUUGCCUUCAACCAGCUGUUAAACAAGACAAAUGUCCCCAGGGCUAACUGCAAUAAAAUAAUCAUGCUGUUUACUGAUGGAGGAGAAGACAGAGCUCAGGACGUCUUCAUGCAAUACAACUGGCCCAACAAAACAGUUCGAGUAUUCACCUUUUCUGUGGGUCAGCACAACUAUGAUGUCACACCCUUACAAUGGAUUGCAUGUACCAAUAAAGGCUACUAUUUUGAGAUCCGUUCCAUCUGUGCUAUAAGGAUUAACACCCAGGAGUACCUGGACGUGCUGGGACGCCCCAUGGUUCUGGCAGGCAGCGAAGCCAAGCAGGUCCAGUGGACCAAUGUGUAUCAGGAUGCAUUGGGUCUUGGCAUGGUAGUGACCGGGACUUUGCCUGUAUUUAAUCUCACCAUGGAUGGAAACUCACAGCAGAAUCAGCUGAUAUUAGGUGUCAUGGGAGUUGACGUGCAUCUUGACGAGAUAAAGCGACUGACACCACGGUACAAUCUUGGAGCCAAUGGAUACAUAUUUGCCAUUGAUCCAAAUGGAUAUCUUCUCCUACAUCCUAAUCUCAAGCCAAAGCUCGUGAACCUCCCUGAACCUGUGACGCUGGACUUCCUGGAUGCAGAGGUGGAGGACAGCAAUAAAGAGGAGAUCCGCAGACAAAUGAUUGAUGGAAGACCAGGUGAAAUGCAGGUCAAAACGCUUAUCAAGUCCAUUGACGAGCAAUACAUUGAUGAUGUGUUCAGGAGUUACACCUGGACUCCUAUCAACGGCACAGAUUACAGUCUGGGUUUGGUACUACCCACCUACAACGAGUAUUACAUCCAGGCGGACCUGAGUGAUGUGAUGCUGCAGCUCCAGUACAUGCAGUCGCUGCUGCCCAGCUCCUUUGAAUUAUCAGGUCAUGUGUUUCUGGCUCCGAGGGAAUACUGCAAGCGUCUGCACAUCUCUGACAACAACACCCAGUUUUUGCAGAACUUCCUUUCGCUCAUGUUGGACAUGUCUCCAGAAUCUGAUGAGUGUGACCAAGGCCUCAUCCACAACCUGAUUCUGGAUUCUAGGAUUAUCGGGCAGCUGGCUUCUCGUGUGUGGAAGAACAAGGACCUGAAUUCGUACGGCUUCCUGGCGGUGUUUGCGUCUACAGAUGGAGGAAUAACACGGGUUUUCCCCAACAUAGCUGCUGAGAUGUGGGAGGAGGAUCCUGAACCUUUUAAUUCCAAUUACUACAGACGAAGCCUGGACAACAGAGGAUACAUGUUCAGAGCUCCACCGAGAUCCUCUGUGGACGACCCUCUAGGUGCAGAAAAUAGUACGGUUGGAAUCCUGGUUAGUUCAGCAGUAGAGGUGAAUCUAGGGGGCAAACUGCUCAAGCCUGCAGUGGUUGGAGUGAAGCUGGACUUGGAAGCGUGGGUCGACAAGUUUAAGAUCCUGGCCAGCAACGUGUCGGACAGUCGACAGGGUUCACACAAGUGUGGACCAUCCAGAAGUUGCGAGAUGGACUGUGAAGUCAACACUGAUGACCUCCUCUGUUAUCUCCUUGAUGAUGGAGGGUUCCUGGUCAUGUCCAAUCAGAGAGAUCACUGGAAAAAGAUCGGACUUUUCUUCGGCGACGUGGACCCUUAUCUGAUGCACGCGCUCUACAACAACUCAAUCUUCUCCCGUCGUCAGUCUUUUCACUACCAGUCUGCGUGUGAACCAGUCAGCAGCAGCCACACCGGUGCAGCACCCAGAGGCAUCUUUGUGCCGUCCAUUGCUGACAUGCUCAGCCUGGCCUGGUGGACGUCCACUGUGGCAUGGUCUGUGCUCCAGCAGCUACUGUAUGGACUGGCCUAUAACAGCUGGCUCUAUCAAGACAACAUCCUCACUGAAGGCUUCGAGACCAGAGAAAGCAGCUGUGUCACCAUCCAAAGCCAGUUUUACUUUACAAACACCACCAACUCCUACAACGUGCUGCAGGACUGUGGAAACUGCUCACGUCUGUUCCAUGCAAAGCGGAUAGAAAACACCAACCUGCUGUUUGUCGUCGCUGAGACUCUGCCCUGCAGCUCCUGCGAGAUAGAGAGACUGACCCAGGUCAGGACAGAGUUUCAGGAGGAGAAUCCGUGUGAAGUACUGAGUAAUGCACGGUAUCGUAAAGGCCCGGUUUCCUGCUUUGACUACAGUGCCUUAGAAAACACGUCAGAGUGUGGACGGGGUCAUUCUCUGCAGUCCUCCAUAGGAGUCCUUCUCUUUAUUCAGCUUCUCCUGCCUCUCUUUCAUCUCUGACACGUGCAAACACUCAGCCAUCUUUCAUCUCUUUGGGUUAAGGCUCAGAUCUACUGAAGGUCCCAUCAAACAGCAAGUGCAAAACUCUCAUUUGAUCUACGAACAGCACAGGGGUAAAAAGAAAAAAAACAACCUGGAUCAGCUCUUUGUGUUUUUUUGCCUUAUUGCUUAUAUGCAUUUGUUGGUGUUUCAGGGCUUAAGUGCAAAAUAUAGGUAAAGAAUGUGUUGAAUGUGCAUGCUACAUAGGACUAGGACAUGCAUGACAUUUUUUGGGACGCCAGCUCCGCCACAUAAACUGUCUCACAAAAAGUCAGGGAGGCGGCAGAAAUAUACUUUUAACAGUUCAGUAAAUAAAAAAUAAACCAACCAGCAGGAACAGAUGUUAAAUGCAGCGAUGGCUCUACAGAAGAUCUAAAGACUUAGUAAUGUGUUUUUACUUAAGUUUUUACUAUAUCGUAGGAACAACUCUAGUAAAGUGCAGUCUCAUAUUUACUCAAGAAGAAGUUUCAAGAAUUGGCAACAAAAUGAACUUGAAUGAUCAAACAUAUCAUAUGACAGCAGAAUGCCCCCAUCAGUGUUAUAUUAUCUUGUUAUUACUGCUGUAUUAACAUGUGCACAGCAUGUUAGUGUUGUAACUCACUGAUCAGUUUAACUAACAAUCCACAGUAUCAUGGUUAAAACUGUAAAAUGAGAAGUUGUAACUAGGAUUAACUGACUAUAACAGAUUCAUUCAGUGAAGUAAAAGGUGCAGUACUUUGUUUUUUUUUCAGCAGUUCGCUUGUAAACAAAGCUUCAGUUUGGAUCACAUCAAGGAGCCCCUUGUAAAAACAUUGCUCAACAGCUCCACAAGUGGUCAAAAACUCCACAAGGAACCUUUAAGUGGCAUCAAAUUGAAAUAUUUAAAGGUAAUUAAAAGCAACUGCAACACUAUACCCAGAUACAGAUACAGUGUGUAGUUUGCAUGUUCUCCCAGUGUCUGUGUGGGUUUUCUCCAGGUACUUCUGCUUCUUCUCACAGUCCAAAGACAUGCAGAUUGGGGCUAUAUUCAUUGAAGACUCUAAAUUUACCAUAUAGGUGUGAAUGUGAGAGUGAGUGGUUCUUUCUCUCUGUGUGUCAGCCCUCUGACCUGUAGGGUGGACCUGGCCUCUCGCCCAAUGUCACCUGGGAUUGGCUCCAGCAGCCCCCCCCCCUCCAAAAAGAAAAAACGGUGUAUCUAUAAUGGACGGAUGGAAGGAUCGAUGGACAGAGUCUAUUUUUAGAAACAACACUGCACAGGCAUCUGCUUUCACUCAGAGAUCUGUUAUCGUGAAGCAACAACUUUGAUCCAUUAUUAAUCUGAGUUUUUAGAUCUUUCAUUGUUUAUUGUGUUGAACCACGCUGACCUCACAGAUUUUUUUUGUAGGUGUGGAGUUACAGUUUCCUGGGGGAAGUUAGCCUCGACAUUUACACAACUUACAGUUUUACGCUGUGCACACUACACAUUAAUUAACAGCUAUAUCAUGGUCAUGUAAAUACAUAUACAGAAUCAGCUGCUGGUUGAGCUUCAUGGUUCAAACUCACACCUGAAAUUAGCUCAGACGCUGCUUAUUGUAACUUUUGCUUUUGUGGUUUUAAAAUUAAUUUUCUUUCUUUUGCAUGUUCGGUCCUGGUAAAUGUCUUUUCUCGUGCACUUGUAGCGGUUACGUGUUAAUAGAUCUGGGCCUUAACCUCACAUUCACUUCAGUGUCUUUCAGUCCUCCUCUGAUCUUUGCCAAGACGGUCUCAGUAUUUUAAAUUGUAUCAUACAUGACACAACCCAGAAUGAUUUCCUGCCGCCAUCUCAAGUAUGUUGAAUCUUUAAAUCCGUUAUUAAUAAAUUAUUUUCCUAGAGCACUUUGACUCAUGAGACAACAGAUGAGGAAAGCUAGCAUGACGAGAAAUACCAGUGUUAGACCUCCAGCAAGAUUUUGUGACUUUUCAUAACAUAUCAGUGAUGAGACAGACGUGUCGUUUCAUUGUGAUACGAGGAUUGUUCGAGUCACACUUUGUUUUGUUGAAAUGCUUCCACAGAUACUCGGUAUGAUCUUGAAGUGCUUCCAGUCAAACGAGAUGUAAAAUCAAACAACAGACGACCAAAAGAAAAAAAACCAAAAUCAUCAAACGUGUAUUAAUUUUGUUAAGUUGCGCAUCUUCAUUUGAUUAUUAUAUUUAGGAACACUGCACAGUGUUUAGUGCAAUAAGGCUGUUGGACAAAUGAAUUUGGACAUUUUAUUCUAUCAGUAGUAUUUCGGUUCAUGAUGAAAUGAAGAGUACUUUACAUGCAGUGUUAUCUGUGUAGUUCUACAGCACAGAAUGUGCAGACAGUCUGUGUGUGGCCAACACGUUUUCAAACGUAUUUCCUUCGUUUUUUGAUUGAUGGGAAGCUCUUUGUCUCCGUUUUUGUAUCUUGUGUCAACACUAUUCGUCAAAUCUGAAUUUAUGCACUUAUAUAUGCUUCUGUAUGGGGAAUGUAGCUUUCAGUGUUAUCAGUAUAUUAUUAGUGUGUGAUGCUUUUUGACGCUCUGUUACGAUUCCCCUGAUGUCUCACUGAAGGUGAAGAUUCUCUGUGGCAGAAUAUUUUCGUUUUAUCGUGCGUACCUCGUCAUGACAUGACAGCGAUAUCUCAUUCAACUUUUUAUGAAAUGAUAAAGAAGCUCCAGAAUUUGUUUGGUCACAGUGAGAUGUCCUUCAUAUGUUACUUCUUGAGUUAGAGAUGUUGCAUCAUGUACUAAUGUACAAUUGUUUAGGGUUAAAACUCUUUGUUAUGACCCUAUAUAACCAGAAUUCUUAUUAUUUCUAUUAUACCAUACAAAAAAUGUAUAUACACAUAUAUAAAUAUGAAUAUAUAUUGCUCCAAACUUGUUGUGAUGUCACAAAUCAUAGACGAUUUUAAGUUUGAUUUAAGAAGAAAAACAUUUUCUCUCUUCAAAAGAUGUUUGAAAUGUAGAACGAAAGUGUCAAAGUGUCAAACGCUGCUAGAACAUUACUCUUCACAGAGAAAAUCAAACAUCUGGGCGAUGUAACAAAAAGCAAAAUAUAUUUUUGAGCGUAGGAAAACUUUAAGUAACCUUAAAAGUGUCAACGAAGACUUUUUAACCUCACAGUGUGUCAGUGUUCGAUUCACAAUCUGCGUUACGCAUGAUAAAAACCUGAAAAUACUUUCCCACAGCGACUUCACAGCCCCCGACUCUGGUUACUGACUUACUGCGUUAUGGUAAAAAAAAUACGCUUUUUUGACAAUAUUUGUACAAUGCUGUUUUCCCCCCUGUCUGCCUGGUGUUCCACCCUGCAGUGCCUUGUUGCACUCGUUUUGGAUGGGCAGGAGCAUUUGGAUCCAUUGGCUGCGGACGUUCAUCCUGCAGGACACGUGAAAGACACUUAGAUUCCGAGGGUUGCAGGGAUUCAACUCGAAACGCACUUGUCGGCCAGCGAACAUACAGAGAUGCUCUUCGUGAAUUUGUGAAACACUUUGAAAGAGCAGAACUGAAGCGUGUUGAGCAGCUGGCCUCCCCUCUCCUGCCUUCUCAUGGACAGAACAGACCCUGCAGCCCUACUGCUACGUUUCGUGUCGCUCUACAUUGUGGUUCAGCCCCGAAUCAAAGCACAGACACUGGCCAUUUUCAUAGAUUUCUACUUUGUCCCAUCUGCACACUGUAUGUUCUCUAUCUGAAGCCCGUGGGUUAACGUGUACUUUUCCACUUGGACUGACUGAAGCGAGUGAAUGUUUAUGUACAGUUCGCCUACUGUCGUGCAUCCCAGCUGGACCCGAGCAUGGCGGGGACCUGGAGAAGCAGAGUUAAAGCUCAACACUGUUGGGAGACCUCAGUAAACACAAAGCUUUUACUCCGAGACCUGCAGUCUUUACAUCAGGUCAUAUUACAUUGAAGGAAAGACAGUUUGCUGAACUCUUUGCAGCCUACACUGUAUUGCUACUGUUGAGGUCAGUGUUGUAGUUUUGUUCUAAAUUACCGGUAUUUAUUUGCAUGAUAUUUUUGAGCAGAUUUGUGUACAUAGCCUGGUGGAUAUCCUGUCCUCAUCCAGCUCUCCAGCACUGUGGAUGGAGGAGCGACGGCGUCCUCUGUGGCGUUUCCGCGGCGCCGUUGAGGCCUCGGAAGGUCUUUGCCACUUGUAAACGAAAAAAGCUGAAAGUUUGACUUCAGUGAAGCCUACAAUAACUGUCAGUGUUUGCAAUUUAGGUGUUUUGCCAGAAUUAAAAGCACAGAGACGUUCGGAGUUUAGAGCAACAAACUGCCUGAUGAAACUUUUGUUGUUUAUUUAUGAGAAAUGUCUAUAAGUGACAUACAAACGCUGAUAAGGGUUUGUGCAUUUAAAGGCUGUGUAAACGGCGGAGGCAUGUGUGGGAAUGCCCCUUUAUUAAUGAACUUUAUGAAAUAGAUUUUAACUGUUGCUUAUUUUAUUUAUUCAUGUAUUCUUUUAUUUGUUGGCUUUGUUUUUUGGUGAAUAAUAUUUGUAUUUAACAGGAAGGAGCUGAAUGUGACUGAAGCUUGCGUGGGCACAAUAAGCAAUUUACAAGGAAAUCUGUAAAACAGAGAAAAAUAUCUAUAUUUACUGUACGUCUGUGUCCUUUUUCUUUACUCAGUAUCAAAAGAUAAGAAUGUUAAUGUUUUUCGCUGUAACUUUGCUUUUGGUUUUGCCGACGUCGUCAUUUACUCGGGACAGUUUCCUCUCUUUGUGCCAGUCUCCAGCGCCACCUCAUUUUUGUACAGACGAUGUGAAGCAGUCAGCAGAAGAUGGAGGUUAACUUUGUAAUGAUUUUGUCAGUCACAUUACAAAAUGGAUAUUUAAAUGUUUAUAUCUUUGGUGAUUAAAUGCUAUUGAUAUUUUUCA